AGGUGUUAGCCCAAAUUGUUAACACUUUCAAUGUUUUUGUGACGCCCUCACGAGAAAGGGAGGAUUCCUAAGCUCCCUGGCCCCUGGAAAUGUGGACAAUCCCUCCAUAUUCUUUGCAUUUCUAUGGCUCUGUUGCUGGCUCAGGGGGUUUAGACAAAAGGGUUAAGUCUGCCGGUCAGGUAUAAAAGCAAAGGGUUAAACCAGGUAGAGUACAGUUCAGUACAAGAGCAGCAGCAGUACCACCAGCAGCAGCAGACCACUGACCAGCAAGAUGACUUCCUCCGGAAUGAACAUGAACAGCAAGAUCACCUUCUACGAGGAGAAGAACUUCCAGGGUCGCUCCUAUGAGUGCAUGAGCGACUGCUCCGACAUGUCCUCCUACCUGAACAGGUGCCACUCCUGCAGGGUGGAGAAGGGCUGCUUCAUGGUGUAUGACCGCACCAACUACAUGGGAAACCAGUACUUCAUGAGGAGGGGCGAGUACGCCGACUACAUGAGCAUGAUGGGCAUGAGCGACUGCAUCAAGUCCUGCCGCAUGAUCAACAUGCACAGGGGAUCCUACAGGAUGAAGAUAUACGAGAAGGAGAACUUUGGAGGUCAGAUGUCCGAGCUGAUGGACGACUGUGACAACGUCAUGGAGCGUUUCAGCAUGUCCAACUGCAUGUCCUGCAACGUGAUGGAGGGCAACUGGCUGAUGUACGAGCAGGCCCAGUUCAGAGGCAAGAUGAUGUACGUGAGGUCCGGCGAGUACAAGAACUUCAUGAACAUGGGCCAGAGCAGCAUGAGGUUCAUGAGCAUGAAGCGCAUCAACGACUCCUGCUAUUAACUCUCUUGGCACUCAAUAAAACUGUCAUAACCUAAA